UCUUCUCCGACCUUUUCCACAUGUAUAAAAAGCAGAGGGAAAUCAUGUUCUUCAUUUUUCUGGGUUUUCUCAUGGGAUUGUAAACAGCCAUGAGUACCAAAUCCAGCAGCUUUAUUAAACAACUCAUCAAACCCUUCAAUUUCAGUUUCAGUAAAGGCGGACGCGAAACUGAAGACUUAGAGAAGAUCGCCGCAAACGAGCAGAAGCAAUUCUCUUUUGAAACCUUAGCUCAAGCAACCCGAAAUUUCCACACCGAUCAGAAGCUCGGCCAAGGAGGCUUUGGCCCUGUUUACAAGGGUAAACUGAAGGAUGGGAGAGAGAUAGCUGUGAAGAAGCUAUCUCAGACAUCAAACCAAGGGAAGAGAGAAUUCAUGACUGAAGCUAAACUGUUGGCACAAGUUCAACAUAGAAAUGUUGUGAAUUUGUUGGGUUAUUGUUUACACGGUUCUGAAAAGAUACUAGUUUAUGAUUACAUACCCCACGAGAGCCUCGACAAGUUUCUCUUCAAAUCAGAGAAUCAAAGAAGAUUGCUGGAUUGGAAGAAGAGAUUUGACAUAAUUUCAGGGAUUGCUAAAGGUUUGCUUUACCUACACGAAGACUCGCACGAAUGCAUCAUUCACAGAGAUAUCAAAGCCAGCAAUAUUCUAUUAGACGGGAAAUGGGUCCCCAAAAUUGCAGAUUUUGGCAUGGCCCGUCUCUACAAAGAAGACAAGACUCACGUCCAAACCCGAGUGGCUGGCACAAAUGGUUAUAUGGCUCCAGAAUAUCUCCUCUACGGAAAUCUCUCGGUGAAGGCUGAUGUAUUCAGCUAUGGAGUCGUCGUUUUAGAAUUAAUAUCAGGACUUAAGAAUUCAAACUUCAACCUUGAUCCAGAUUCUAGUAAUCUUCUUGAAUGGGUAUACAAGCUAUACAAGAACAGCAAUAGCUUGGAAGCAAUGGACAAAAUUCUGACUCCUUCUGCUAUACCAGAGCAGGUAGCUUUGUGCAUACAAAUUGGGCUUCUUUGCACCCAAUCUGAUCCACAGCUAAGACCCAGCAUGAGACGGGUUGUGGUCAUGUUAUCAAAGAAGCUCGGUACAAUCGAGCAAGAGCCCGUUGCACCCGGGAUACUUGGUACUAGAUUUAGCAAAGGGUACAAACCAAACAGCACCAAAGAAGGAUCUUCAGUUUUUUCGGGUAAUUCUAGUUCCACUUCAAAUUCCAACACCAAUACAAGUACACAUACUAAUACUAAUACGGUUUCGACUGCAACUACAAGCUUGUCGGGGGUCGCGAAUUCGCGGAAGGAUCCUCAUGGGAAACGUCCUGUUAGUGGCCAUUAGGUUUUGGACAUUGGUUUUGAUCAUUAUUUUGCAUAUUCUUUUAGAUCAAGGUGUUUUCAUUUGAAACAAAUAUUUUAUCUUUGUGAAGUUUUAGUCCAUCUUAGUUUUUUGACCAGGGGAUUUAUAUAUUCAUGUAUAUAUCUUGUUUUCAA